CCGAUGGCGAUACUGACGGCCGUCGGAGCCGCGGGCGCGAUUCUCAAGAGGCCGAUGUUUGCGUUUUUCUUCGUCACCAGCCUCUCCAUGGUGUACGGAGGACUGCUCCUCGUGCCCAACACCUACGCGUUCUGCGCGCUGUUCGUGAUAUUCCCGCUCGUCAGGCAGCUGGUGUUCAGCACCUUCUUCAGCUACUGCGCCUCCGUGUUUGGCUACGGCGCUUUCGGCAGGAUCAGCGGCGUCGCGUCCACGCUGGCCGGGACGAUCCAACUCUCGAUGUCGCCGUUCAUCGGCGUCGUGGAGGAGGGCGGUCGGUGGCCGUUCCCGGAUGACAUGGACCUCGCGUCGCGUUGGCGCGCGGCGGACGUGUUCCUCGGGUGCGUCCCCGUGUUUUUGCUCGUCGCGCCCGUGUAUUACAUGUCCAGAAGCGCGCCGAGCUCGCGCGACGGGGACGACUUCGACGAGGCUGAGAAAUACUCAGAGGCGGAGGAGCCCCUCCUGUCCGGGGACGAUCGCGAUCCCGAGGCGGGCAUCAACGUCGCCGUCCCGAGGAGCGCGUCGCACAUGUCCAUCAACAGGAUGCACCGCAUCGGCUCGCACGUCUCGUCCGUCGGGUCCGUGCGGGACAAGUGGGAGAUUUACGCCAGCGUGGGCUCGGGGGCGAUGGGAGUCUCGCCCGCGUCUUUUGCGCCGGUGGGGUCGUGGAUGGCCGGCCGCGGCGAACGCGCGGGCGUGGACGCGGGGUCGGGGUCGGGGACGAGGUCGGCGCUGGCGGGAAGCGCGGAGAACGGGCGGCAGCGGCGACACUCGGGGUUCAGGUCCGAUUCGGAGGAAGAGUGAGAUGUGUAUCGAUCUCAGCAAAGUUUUAAUACUCGAUGUAAAGUCAAGGCCUAAUUCGCGCGGAUCAGAAGAGCAGGAAAGCGACGAUCGCGCCGACCGCGGAGCCGCCCUGAAGCGCCAGCGCGACCCACCGAGCCGGCCUCUCUCCCAUGUGCAGACUCUGGCACCACCUGAACCCCUCGGAGAUGGUGUACGGAUUGCACAGCGCAAACACCGUGACGGCGACGAGCAACCCCCUCGCCUUCAACGCAUCCAUCGGAUCGUCCACCCCGCUCCCGCUCCCGUCCCCCCCGCCGCCGCCGCCGCCGCCGUCACCCGCCGCGCCGCCCGUCAGGAGACCGAGCCCCGAUCCAACCCCCGCGGCGGCGUCCAUCCUCGCGUACCCGUCCCCGCCGCCUCCGCCGCCGCCCCCGCUCCUCGCCGACACCCCCGUCCACAGCACGAAGCCUAUA